AUGACGGCCGUCCUGCCCCAAGGACUGAUUAACGCAAAUCCCGAUGUCCAACAGUAUGCUCUCGAUGACUCGAGCGUCGAAAUCACCAACGGAGAAGUGCUUAGCAAGUUUUGGAAAGUGUACGCCAUUCAAAGUGAUGCUACCCGGGACGAUACCUCUGUGAGGUUGCGAAACUUGUUCUGGAGAGUAUGGAGCAGUCCACCCCUCACCCAGUCCAUGACAUCUGCGCGACUGAUGCGUUUGUGGAAUCAAUGCACUCAAGAUUUCGACUUGACCCCGGUUGACCAUGGUGGCAAGCUGCCUCACCGAGUUAUAACCCAGGGUCCCUCUACCUCGCGCCAGACUCCAAAUACACCCUCUCCGUUGUCUCCUACCUCUGAGCUCCAUCAGACAACGGUUUCCACUCCACGAGCUAGACCACAUACUGUACCCUCGCUGCAAGAUUUCAGAUUUCCAUCCGCGGCGGCCAACAGAGGUGACGACGGUUCUCAUCUCUCUUUUAUGCCUCCACGAGAACAUGGCCGAAAACACUCUGAAGAUACAUCAGGGUCUACAUCCCACGCCACUUCCGAAUCCUCUGCGCGGCCGACUUUGAGCAGAACCACUAGUGGUGGACGACCGAGAUUGCCGGUUCUGGCCACGGCCGGAAAGUCGAGGGCGAGGCCUCAGAUUCCUCGACGGAAAUCCAGUUCACAGAAAUCUCCGGGGGGUCAAAGUGCGCCAAAGUCUCCACGGGCACAGCCAGGGCCUGCUGCGGCUGAUGUCACAAAUCAAGACACGGCUGAAGUUGUCAGCCAUCUCGCCGCCAGAGGUCCCCCCCCUGGCUUGCCAAUUGUGCCUUCAAGCACCAGUGGACCGCCUUUCGCUCUUCCGUCCGCCUCUUCAUGGCAGAGCGUAGAUUCGGCUUCUGACCCUCCCUUAGCGACCACUGCUCCCCAUGUGCCUACUUCUUCGGGAGAGUUGGUCGACCCAGAUUUCCGAAACAAAUUUGUCGAGACACAGAGGAAAUUGGUUAGUUCGACAAAUCUUGCUGGACUAAAUCGAAUCAAAAAGACAGGUAGUGUCGUCCGAUUUGCAGAUGAAGUACCCCAGGGAUUGCGGAAGGGAAAGGAAAGGGAGAAGGAAGCCAUGUUCCCGGUGCAAGAUGAAAAUCCUGGAUCUUCACGGUUGCGGACGAGUAUGUCCAGUCAAGCAGUCUCCGAUGAUGCCGAUGACUCCGAAUCCUCUUCGGAGAACAUGCAACUCCCACGCACCAAGAGCCAGCUGAGUCUUUUGAUUCAGAUCAGAAGAAAUGAAACAGGAAGCUCCGACAUUGGCCCUGCGACAGAACCGCAGGACUCCAAGGAGAAAGCGAAGGGGAAAGAAAAGGAGGGGGACAAUGAGAAGGAGAAGAAGGAGAAGGAGGAGGAGAAAGAGAAAGAGAUGGAAAUGGAAAUCGAGAGGGUGAUGGAAAUGGAGAAGGUGAAGGGGAAGGGGAAUGUCCAGCUCACUGGAGCACAACUUCUAAGAAUGGCUCGACGUGACGGCGUGACGAAGAGCGGCGGCAUCCAGGUACCCAAGCAGCAUCGAAUAAGCGAAAUUGAAGACCCUGGAUACCGGUCGCCCUCAAGUCCUGAGCCUUUGUUUUGA